AUGAGGAACUUUGCCGACUGGGUGGUGGAUGUGGCCCUGAACAACGAAAGGGCUCGGCACAAGAACCAACUUCUGUCCGCAGCUGUUUACCAGGGGGUCGGAGUCCCAGAUGUACAUUAUUCCGGUCUAUUUAACAUUGUGCAAGACGACUCCUGGCUACAAACUGCGGCGGCAACCAAGGCUCAGCUGCUGGAAACAUUAGAGACGCAUCAAACUGGUUCUAUGAUAAUGAACCUGUUUGCCACUUUAAUAGACAAGUGUCAUAAUCUGCAAGGCAACAUGCAGUGGUACUUCAAGCUGCUGGAGGAUGUUCCACCAGCUGAAGAAUAGCCAGGCCCUGUUUGGAUUUACACUUUGAUUCGAUUUGCACUUUGAAAAGAAUAAGCAACAAAAUGCAAACUAUUGUUGGGAAGAAGAACUGAAACGGCUCUUAGUGUUAAAAACU